CAGACUGCAGAGCUUCAGGGAUGAUGCCACUUUGCAUUUUUCUUGUACUUCUCAGUGAAAUCUGUCAGGUGCCAGCUGUUGACAAAACCUCAGGUAUAACUCAGGACAGUGGGGUCAUAACAGCUGAAGUUGGGCAGAGUGUGACUUUAAAAUGCCUUUGUCGGAAUGAUGCUGUAAAUUUCUUCUUUUGGUACCAGCAAAGCUUAGGAGGCAAACCUCUCAUUAUAUCAACUUGGAUGAAGCACAGCACAGAAGCUACCAUCUCCCCCGCGUAUGAAAGAAGGUUUCAGGUCUUAGCGGAAGAAGAGGGCAUCAACCAUCUUGUAAUCACAGACCUUCGCCUGUCGGAUUCAGCAACAUAUUACUGUGGGAUUUUAGAAUUCAACGAAAUUGAAUUUGGACAAGGAGCUUUCCUUCAUGUCAAAACAUCGCUGUCUAACAUCCAUGCUGUUGUCCAUCAGCCAGAGUUGGAGACAUUUCGGUGGGGAGACUCUGUGAAUUUGAGCUGUACGGUAUACACUGAAAAAUGUGCAGGGGAGCAGAACCUGUACUGGUUCAGACAUGGUGUGGCUCAGCCUGCAAUCAUGUAUCACAAUGCGGGAAAGUGUAUGAAGGAUUCUCACAUGGAAAAUUGCACUUUAAACCUGGCUAUAAAGUCUGUGAGCUCCUCCGAUGCUGGGAUGUACUACUGUGCUCUGGCCUCUUGUGGUGAGAUUGUGUUCGGACAAGGAACUAGAGUGAAGAUUGCAGGUUCUACAAGCCUCUGUCCUGGUGUAUUGUCUGAAUUGGCAGUUUCCAUUAUUCUGCUCCUUGUCUUGGCUUUAGUCAUGUACAAGUUGAAAAAAAAGAUAUGCUCUGUCUGCAAAGGAACAGUUUCUCAUCUGACAUGUUCUGCAGCUUCUGACACCACGAGCCAAGACGCAGAUGCUCUCCAUUAUGCUGCUCUGAGUCUGAAGAGAACCAGCGAACGACACCGUCAAGAGGAGAGCGUGGAGAGUGUUUGUGUGUACUCUAGAGUAAAGAGUAGUAGAGUGAAGUAGGCUUUGC